CGUGUUUACACGGGGGAGGAAAACAGCGCCAAGCUGGAAGGGCGUGACUUAUUCGUAAGGCGCCGUAAUACAUAUAAAGUGCACUAAUCGGUUACUUCCUGGAUGGUGAGUGCCGAUACUGGGGGCGGUGGUCCCAGAAUGAGGACAGACAUGGAGCAAAGGGAAAGAGGAUAUUUGUAAUGUGCCAUUGUAAUGAGAUUAUUAGGUCCUGAAUCAACAUCAUAAGCCACGCACACAGACAGGGAGUAGCGCCCACAAAAACCGAAGGAAAUUUAGACUAGUCACUGACUAGAAAAAGUUGUACUACGUCAGGGUUGAACUGCUUGAUCUGACCUCCAAGGAAGGAGCUGAGAUUGAUUUGAGUGCCCUACAUACAGUGUAUGUGGAGCCCUGUCAGACUCACUGCUAUUAUUCUACUGCUGGGGCUGAAGCUGUUUAAACUUGAGACGGUAUUUUUACAGCUUUCCGAACACGUCGAUGCCAGUGCAAGUCUUUAGCCGUAGAAGCUAGUUAAUCAGUAGUGGCUUUGAUUUCAUGUGCCCGCCGUCUUACCAUGCAUCGUCUAACUGUGCUGACUCACCUAGCGUUGAACGUAGGUGUUGUCUCGGCAGAGCUUUCUCAGGCUUUGGUAUAUGCCAUAGCAUUUGGCACGACUGCGGGCGUGUUAUUUCUCGCUGCUGUUGCGCUAUUGGUAUUUGUCUGCCUCCAGCAACGCAAAUCCAAGACAAAAAAGCCACGAAGUCACCACAUGAACCCUGUGAUAAACAAAUACAUGGCCUCCAUACAAGACUUCAGGAACGAACCUCCCAUCGACACAAGCGAGCCCAAUACCUUGUACGAUGAAGAUCCUGUCCCAGAUCCCGACUCUGAGUCUUUUUACAACUUUAGACACAAUGGCGGGCCUUCUCGUCCACCAUAUUAUAACAGGAGCCUUGGUGGUUUCCCCCAAAAUGGCCGUCCAGCAUCUGUUGCACGCGGACGUCUUGGAACACAGCAUAGUGGCGGAUCACGUGGCCAGGGUCCUGUAUCGAUUGGUCGAGACCCGUACGAUCCCACAGGACAAACACAAAAUGUACCGAGAGCUGGUGGUAACAGUUAUCCAUCAAGACUGCCAAAGACGGCGGACAGAACCGACCUUUAUAAUCCGAUAUAUGUAAACUACUUUUACAAUGAGGCACGUGCUCGAGGAUCGGAAGGUCAAUACAGAGGUGAAACUCCAAGACAAAUUAGUACGGAUAGCCAAUACCCUCAGGCCAGUGGGCCCUCACAAAUACCCGAGACGCGUGACCAGCAGGACACCGAACCCAGAUAUGAAAACACACAUACUAUGGCAGCUUACAACAGAAAAUACUAUCUCCCACCUGAUUACGACUAUCCGGAGGAAAAUGAACAAGCACGAGUAGGUGUGCAAGACAGGAUAUCAUACGUACCUCCCUCUACCGAGGAACCUCGUUCUGACUUCCAGAGUCAUCUGCAGCGUAAUAGGUGGAGCGCCUAUAGCGAUAGAGGUGCGGGAAACGGAGUGACUAACACGGACCAGUACGUAAGAGGUAAUCCUCCUGCAAGCACUCGACUUGAACAAAAAGGCAAUGCAGCAGACGACACGGGGUGGACAGAUUAUGAUGGAAUCAGUUUUCCUCAUGAUGUCUCCAAAUCUUAUGCACAAAACUGGGAUCAACCAAAAAUGGACGCCAUGACAAAGUCAACUCCAGCGAUUGACCGAGGUCGGUCUACAAGACAAACUGAAAAUAACCUUAAUUACACAUCCGCUCGGCACCAACACGCCCGACUUCACAGCCAACAAUAUGGCGUAGCUUUACCUGGAAUAGGGGGCGUCCAAAGCAGGCGUUAGAUCCCAGACAUUGGAUUUAAAAAAUAUUUUGAACGAGGAAAAUGAGGACGUGGUUUCAUUUCUGCUUAUUUAACAUAGCCGCAUCUGUAUUUUAACCCACUAAUCUUAAGAUGCGAGGAUAAAUACGAGGAAUGUUUCAAUUAAGUGGUUAUUACUACGAUGAUACACGUACAUGAUUUUAUUGUUUGCUCUGUUGUGUCAUUAACUACAACCUGGGUAUAAAUGCCGCUAUUAAAUAUAACAUAAGUACCUUUAAAUCAAUAGUACGUAGAAAUUUAUAGUCUCGUUUCCUGAGAAAAUCAUUUUGCGGUAUUGCUUUUCGGGUACAAAGGCAGUUAUGAAAAAUCCAUCGUGCCGUAUAAAGUGGCCAUACACAAACGCUGACUGUAUUCAAGAUCUCGCAUCAUCAUACUGUUGUUAAACUGUUUUUAUUUUAAUCAGAAUUGUUUUAUUAUUAAAAAGGAAGGACAGAU